CUCUCUCGUCUGCUCCACCUGCUCCGUUCUCUCUCCACCCGCGCUCGCUCUCGAGCCUGCGCCCAGCCACAGCACCUCUGCGUCCUGGCUCUGCUGUGCUGCGCGAGCUCGGCGCCGUCGUCUCCUCUUCUGCGCAUCGCGCGCCGUCAGCGCGUGCCUAGGCGCCUCAGUCUCCCGGCUGCCGUGCCGCACAGCUCUGCCUUGCGGCAGACAGCAGUAGCACCCGGCGCAGCCGCAGCUCGAGCAGCACUGCUCUGCUGCUCUACGGCCUACCAAGCGCUGCGUCUGCACUGCCUCUGCAGCGUCUCUCGCGCCUCUCUCUAGCCCUCUGCGCUGCGCGGUGGAGGAGCGGUAUCGCGCCUUGCUUGGAGCAGCAUGCCGGACACCAACAGCACUGAGGCUGCGGAGUCCUCCGAUGUCUCGUCGGCUCCACAGCGAGACGAUGCCGCUCCCGGCAGCAGCCCUAGCCCGGCAAGUGCAUGGCCGUCGCUGAGCGGCGGCGGCGGCAGCAGCGACAAGCCGAAGCACUCGCACCAGCGCUCGCGCUCCGUCAACCUGAGCCCCGUCAUGGCCCACUCUGGCUUCCCGCAGGGCCUCGGUGCGGGAUGGGAGGGCCCGCGCGCCGGUGCUGGGACGUUCCCGAGCAUGGGCGGCGCCAUGGCGCCCAGCGCAGCGGCAUCUGAGCGUGCCGGGCCCUCGGCGCCCAACGCCGCACACCGUCUCUCGACGCCGCUCUUUCCGCCGCAGGCCCGCUCUGCGCUCGCGCGCAAGUCGCCAGACGUGUUGCCGGUGCCGGAUGAGGGCGCUGGAGCCGAGAUGCGGCGGUCUCGCUCGUCGUCGAGCAAUGGCUCGGACAGCGGAGCGUAUGCGUCCGAUGAGCAGCGUGCCGCAGGGCGGCAGAGCGAGCGCGGCCUGCGCCUGUCCGGCGCCGCGGGCUCGGCCAGCAUUCGUGCUGCCUCGCCUGCGCGCGCAUUCGGCGUGCCCGUCUCGCCGCGAUUGCAGGCCUUUGGCACGAGCUCGCCUGUCGCUGCGGCCCGGCGACGCUCCAUCGAUCCCGGCACCCGCUCGCCGAUCAUCCGGCCAGCGUCGCCGCGCGCGAUUCCCGUGAACCCAGAUCCGAAUCAUCCCUUCGACUCGGUCUGGCCCGCAGAGUCGUCUCCGUCCUCGUCCAGCUCCGCCUCGCCGUCGACGUCGCCGCACAACCUCGACGGCAUCUCAAUACCAAGUCCCCACCGCUUCGGCGCGGGCGUAGAUCCGCUGCAGAAUGGCAGCAGCUCGAUGACAAGGCAGCUGUCGCACUCGCCGCGCGAGGUGCGCCACUCCUUCUCGUCGCCCGUGCUGCGCACGCGCACGCCACCGCCGCCUGUGGUCAACGGAGGCGGCACCCACGCGCGGCAGCGCAGCGGCUCGUCAAGAGGUCUCUCUUCGUCGCCCGUGCAGGGUCGGCGCAUGUCGCGCGGAGCAGAGGACCCGCUGCUGGGCCUCGCGACGCCGCCCUCGCCGCCGCAGGCGAUGAGCUUUGCGCGCACAGGGCACAAAAACGUGAUGGAGGCGCUGGCCAUGCACUCGCGCUCCAGCUCCAGCUCGAGUUCAUCGAGCGGCGGCUCGGUGGAGGAGAGCCCGACGGCAAAGGCACUCAGUCCGCCGAGCGGGCCGCAGACGCAAGUCGAUGCACAGAAUGUGAUCGCGGGCAUCUCGAUCGGCGAGCCGCUGCGGGCUGCGGACCUUGCGUCGAAUCUGGAGCGGCGCAACAGCGGCGGCGAGACGCUCUCGUCGACAUUAGAGGCAGCGCGCUCUGCGCUGAAUGCCUCGCCGGCGCCGCUUGCUGCCACGAUGCCGGCAGACUUCCUGAGCUCGUCGGGCAUGGGCACGUACGCCCCGUUCCGCAGUCGCAGCCCAGUCGCGGUGCCAUCGCCGUCACGGACGCCGCCGCCACACCUUGAUCCUGGCAUGGGCGAGAGCCCGCCGAAGGUGCGCUCCUUCAUCGGCAUGCCGCCGCGCUCGGGCUAUGAGCUCAGCGAUGAUCCGGACGACGUUGGCUCUGAAGAUGGCUCGAACGGCUCGCGCUCGGGCAGCAUCAACGAGGACGACGACCGCGACACGGAAGAGCGUGACCGCGACGUGGACAGCGAUGAUGACGCGCGCGACGACGAGAUGGGCGGCGAGCCGCAUGCCGAGUCGAGCGAGUCCGCUGCAGACGAAAGUAGCGCUUCUCCCGCCGCCGGCUCAGCCGCGCGCCCGCAUAUGCCGAAGCGGCCGAGCCUGACGCGCUCGCCCGUCGUGCCGCCACUGCUGCUGCUAGAGAACAGCCUGCCUCCCGGCGCCGGCCCCGGACAGACGUCUGAGCGCGGCUGGCCGCUGACGAGCCAGCGCGACAGCAUGCUGGGCUUCUACGGCGGCGGCGACGGCAACGAGCCGACCGACUGGCGCAGCAUGGGCUCGGAGCAGAUGGACUGGCUCUCGCCCGACCGCGACAAUGCGCCGCCAGGCGGGCGGGCAGGCGGCGAGAUUCCGGGCGGCGUGGACUCGGUCGAUCCCGCGCUGCUAGAUGGUCAGCAGGCGCAGAGCGACGUGCCGAUGGAGGAGGAAGCGGCAGACGAGGGCCUGAGCACGCUGGAGCGCAUGUUCCUGUUCGCCAAGAGCGAGAUGACCUUCCAUCGCGUCCUCGUCGCGCGCUCGCUCGCCGACUGGAUCUACGAGAUCGACCUCAGCGACGCCGUCGAGUACGUCAUUCCCCUGCUGAAUGGCCUCGGCACGGACGAACUCGACGUCUGCGCUGCCUUCACGCCCGAGCUGCAUCGGCUCAUGUGGUACUUCUUUCGCAACUGCCCGCUCGACCUGCCGCCGGCGAGCGACGCUCCUGCACCGCCCGAGGAGGACGAUGCGCAGGAGCACGCCACGCGGCCGGUGCUCUCCGUCGAGGUCUUCACGCCGCUGCUCUGCGCGCUGCUGCUCAACUCGAACAACAGCAUCGCGAGCGCGGCGCAGAUGGCCCUCGUGCAGUUCUUUGCGCGCAUUCGCGGCGCCACGCUGAGCGAUGCCGCGGGCGACCCGAUCGAGGACGAGCGGCAGGCGGCCGAGUGGCAGUUCGACACGAGCCUCGUGCGUGACGCCUCCGGUCGUGAGGGCCAGCGCGUCGAGCUGCGGCCGUACGACUUUGGCAAGCGCGAGCGGGAUGCCGUCGAGGCCGAGCUGUUGGAGAACGUCGCCUUCGCGAUCGGCAAGCUACACACGGACACAGCCCGGCAGGCAGCGGCGCAAGCGGAAGACGCAUCCUCGGCGCCGGCCACUGAGCAGCCGGAGCAGGACAGCUUGGCAGAGGACGCGCCGGAACGCGACGCCGACGUCGACAUGUCCGAGCGCGAGGACUCGGACAUGGAGAUUGCCGACCCAUCGUCGAGCACCUUCCACCCGAGCUCGCCCGUCACGAGCGCCUACGACAAGGCCGACGUCGACGAGGAGGCCGCCGUGGGCCGGAUGGCCUCGGUCAGCCUGCUUGCGGCGCUCGCAGCUGAAGCGCUCGUCUCUGUCGAGCUCCUCGAGCAGCGCGUCGUGCCCGAGAUCGUCCAGCUGCAGACGGACGCGGCGUUCUUCGUGCGCAAGGAGGUCGCCAUUGCGAUUGGCGCGCUGGCCAAGCACGUGCCGGCUGGCGUAGUGAUGAGCUCGCUCAUGCCGGCCUUCCACGCCUUUGUCGGCGACGACAUCUGGCACGUCCGCCAGGCGAUCUGCCUGUCGAUCCCCGCGCUCUUCGCCCAAGUCGAGCGAGACGUCAAGCGGCAGUACCUCAUCGACGCGCUGCGCACCUUUAGCGCCGACGUCUCGCGCAACGUGCGCUCGGCGGCGCUGGAGAUCAUCGGCGAGGCCAUCUACCUCUUCCAUGAGGACCCGGCGGGCGUGCCCGACGAGCUCGUGCGGCACUUCCUCGGCGAGCCGUUUGACGGCACGGGCGAUGGCGGCGAGUCCGCUGGCGCACGCGCGUCUGACCCAUUCAGCGGCUUUGACUCGGAGAACUGGCUCGACGAAAUGACGUCGCGGCCGAGCCUCGGCUUCGACGCCGAGCGCCCGCUUGUCAUGGCGUACAACUUCCCCGCCGUCGUGCUGACGCUGGGUGCCGACAAUUGGCCGCGCCUGCGCGAGGCGCACCGCGGGCUGGUGCUGUCGUCGCAGUCGCCCAAGGUGCGCCGCAGUCUCGCCGCAUCGCUGCACGAGGUCGCCAAGAUCAUUGGCCCGCAGCGCGCGCACGAGGACCUAGUCGAGCUGUUCGAGCACUCGAUGUGGUCGGCGGACACGGACGCCGAGGUCAAGGGCGCGGCGAUCGAGCACCUCGAUGUGUUCCUCGGCUGCCUGCCGGCGGCCGACGCCGAGGGCCAGCUGCAGAAGCUGCACUCGUUCUGGUCGGCGCACUUUGAACGCGAGUGGCGCCUGCGCGAGCGCCUAGCGCAGCACAUUCCUGCGCUGGCCGAGCGCUACCUGCUGGAGGACGAGUCGGGCAAUCUUGUCACGCUGAUGCAGCUCGCGCUCGCGGAUCCGAUCAGCGCCGUGCGGGAUGCCGGUGUCGCCUCAGUCCCCGCGCUGUAUCGCAUCUUUAGCGCGCACGACCAAGAGGUCGCCGACGGCUUCCUCGGCAUGCUCGCGGACAUGGGCGCCGCCGAGGGCUACCGCUCGCGCGUUGCGUGUGUGCUCGCGAUGCAGGCGCUCUUCGAGGCGCACGUCGAGCGCUCGUCGGUCGAGCUGUCGCUGAUGGAGCGGCUCGUCGAGCUGGCGCAGGACCGCGUCAUCGACGUGCGCAUCUAUCUCGCGCGAGCCGUCGCGCUGAUGUGCCGGCUGGAUGUGCUCUACGCCUCGCCGCACUCGCGCUCCACUGCGCUGCUCGGCAUCCUCGCGCGCCUGCAUCGCGAUACAUGUCCCGAGGUCCGUGACCCGAUCCUCGCCGUCCUCGCACCCGAGGACGUCGAAGCGCUGCCCGCAGCGGACCCGGCGCCGACACUCGACGAGCGCCGCGAGCUGGUGCUUGGCCCGGCCGGCGGCGGCCCGCACAAGCCGGCGCGCUCGGAGGGCGAGCCGAUGUUCGACAUGGACGAGGCGGCGGCGGCACGCGCCAUCCCCGAUGUCAACAUGCAGGACGCCGCGCGCGACCCGUCGCACGUCGACCCCGACGCGAGCAUGUUUGAGGAGGAGGACGACGACGAGGAGCGCGAGGAGCAGCCGCACCACCUGCUCAACGUCGGCGGGCCCGACUCGCCCGAGCAGGCGCGCCGCCCGCUGCCGCCGAGCGACGAGGGCUGGCUGACGUCGCCCGAACGCGCCGCCGACGCGCCGGCGUCCAGCACGCCAGGCGCAGCCGACCCGUUCCUCUCGUACGUCGCCGGCCGCCGCAGCGACGGCACGCCGACGAAGCAGCCGCGCGAGGAAGGCCGCGAGGGCGGGCUGGACGCCGACGCCUCGCCCAGCCGCAGCGAGAGUGCCGAGCCGCGCGAGCGCAGCGCCGAGCCCGCGGACGGCCCGCGCGGCAUGCUCUUCGGCGGCGAGGCGGACGCGUGACCCGCGCGUGCCUCUGUCCGCCAUCUGAUCCGCCGUGACGGGACCGCUGCGACGUGUAUGUGUGUGUGCUUCCUCUCUCGCAAUGCAUUGCAUAGUCAGC